UAAACCUCCAGACCGCCCAUCGUGCCCCAGCGCUGCCAACGCCGCCAUUCCUGUCUAACCUCGAACCUGCUGCUCUCCCCCCAGAGCCUCUCCCGUCACGCAGCGGAGCGCCAGAUGCGGCUUCGUGCAGUCUGUCCUGCCGCGGGCAAGUAAUAAUCCACGCAUGUCCCGACAACCACCUCCUCCUCCGCCGCUGCAUCCGCCAAAUUCCGCCUUCUCUCCUCCAGCCAUGACUGAAACUCAAAAGCUGCCGUCCUUCCCUCCGCCCCCGUUCCUAGGCAAUCCAUAUCGCCGUCUGCCGCAGCCCGUCCAGCUGCCGCCGCUCACCAUCCCGCCGAAUGCUGUACGACCAGAGUAUCAAUUCCGCUCUCCCAUCGCCCAGCCACUCCCCGCGAUUCAGCCAGGCCCUCCAGCACACCCGGGCCAGGCUCGAGGUCAUGUUGCGUCGGCGGCGCCCGUCGAAAAGCUGCUUCAGUCGAAUCCGUAUACCCCGCCAAGGUCGGAUCCACCCUACUCACCUCAGCAGUAUGGGCCCUCCAUCUCGCCGCGCUCGCAGUUUGAAGACAGAAGCGCUCCCAGGCGCCUGGUGAAGCAGCGCUAUGCCUACGAAGAUAGGCGACACAGCCAUCCCGAGCAGCAGUACGCAUCCCUUGCUUCGCCCAUCGAACCGUCACAGAAACCGGCGUAUGCCCCACUUCCGUCACCCAGUUACACGCCGAGUUAUGCGUCCAGCAAUACUCCAUUCCGGGGAUCCAUAGGCUCGCAUCGAGGAUCCAUCCCAUCUUCCCUGGGUUCGCUAGCGUAUCCGGAGCCUGCAACGUCAGGCCCUCGACCGGUGCCCAGCGCGGUACCGUUGCCCGGUUCUAUCCCGCAGCCUGUUGUGAACGAGAAGCUAAACCUAGCGUACGAGCUACGAGUGCGCCAGCAACCCAUCGCGGCGCGCGCUUGCGGCUUUGGCGAACGAGACCGGAGAGUCAUAGAUCCUCCUCCGAUCAUACAGCUCCUAGUGACUGACCCGAAGACCGGUGUUGCUGACACCGAUGAGCUACGUUACUCGCUCAAUGUUGUUCAUUGUACUCUGUGGAACGCAGAUGGAACGAACGAAGAGACGGCGCUCAUCCAACCAGACCGACGAACCACACGCAGGCUGAUGGGCCAGCUAGUCGCUUCACCAUCGGUUGCGAAAGACGAGCACGACGUCGAGGGUUGCUUUUUCUGCUUCCCGGACCUGUCUUGUCGGACACACGGAAAGUACCGGCUACGUUUCGUGUUGAUGCGGAUAGAUCCGAUGAAUCUCCAUGUGGGAGGGUUCUCACCGAUCUUGACUGAGGUGCUAAGCGACGUCUUCACCGUGUACACCGCAAAGGACUUCCCUGGUAUGCGGCCGAGCAGCGCUCUUACCCGAGCACUCAAGCUGCAAGGAUGCAAUAUACAGGUCAAGAAAGGGAACGAGAAAGCUAUUGCUGCGAUGACACGCGCGCGUAAGCGGCAGGCUGGAGAGGCCCAGCAGGCCUGGAACGAAGCCAACCAGCGAGAGGCGGCCUCUCAGCAAGAGCCGCCCUACCACCAAGAGGACGACGAUGACGAGGAUCCAAGCAAACGACGGCGCAGGGAAUGACGAUAUGGCGUUGCGGCAUGCAUACGGCAGGCAUUUUUUCUUGGGAUAUAGGUUAUAAUUCCUUCUAGACGCAGGCGGUGCGGCAUAUUGAUUCGAAUUUGGCACUUUACUGGACAGAUAUCCCGGGCAUUUUUGACGACGUACGAGACGGACGGAGUGAUGGACUGGAACGUAUGAUUACGGCGGUAUUUCUGUACACGACGCGUGUAGUUGGCGAUGCAUAGUUGUAAUACAUUGGGGGUUGCGAGCGCAUCGAGUACGAUACCAAGACACAGCCUACCUAGCAUGUUAACGAAGAGUA